AUGGUUUGAAGUUUUCUUGUUAACGCUUUCUUUCUUUAUUCCUCUCUAACUUAUUCCUUUAAAUGCCGAAAUAUUUUACUUACUCCAAUAUCCCAGAACACCAAGUCGCUAUUUACCAUGAUGAAGACGAAAGACUCGUGGAUGGAAAGAGAGAUGUUAAACAAGAUUUUGUAGGGUUUAUAAUCACAGGAAUCUGUUCUGUUUUCUUGGUUCUUACCCUUCYCAUCUCAGUGUUUUUCUGUGUGAAGGUAUUAAGGGAUUAUGAGAGGGCUGUGGUGUUUAGACUGGGAAGACUACUAAAGCCAAAAGGACCAGGGAUUGUGUUAAUAAUGCCAUGUUUGGACAAAUGGACAAGAAUUGACAUGAGAGCAAGAGCUUUCAGUGUGCCACCACAGGAGGUGUUAACCAAAGAUGAAGGUUGGGUCUCAGUAGGUGCAGAUGUACAAUUCCAUUUAGAGGAUCCAGUCCUUUCACAAACAGCAAUACGAGAUCUAAACCMCUCUUUGCGCAUGCUUGCACAGACAAUGCUAGUCAACUGCCUGGCAUCCAAGACAAUACUACAAGCUGAAACUGAUAAAAAAUUCAUAAAUUUACAAAUGCAGAAUGAACUGAAUGAUGUGGCAAAGAAAUGGGGAGCAGAGGUUGAAAGGGUAACAAUAUCAGAGGUUCGAGUUCUAAGGGAAGCACCAGUAAAUGAAGGAGUAGACAUCUUGAGCUUGUUCAAAGGUGGACCCAAUCCAUCCACAGCAAACCUUCUGUCAGGACUUUUAGCAUCAGCAUCUGGUGGGACUACUCAGCCUGCCUCUUUUAAAGCCAUCAAAAUGAACGAUAACUCAGAUAUCCUACCAGCAAAUCUUGUACAGUUUGCUCAUAGUGUCUUGGACGAAAGUCUGGUCCGUGAGCUGGGUGGUCUGUAUCAGUUCAAUGUCAUCGGCGAAAAUGGUGGAACCUGGAUCAUGGACCUGAGGAGUGGAUCAGGCAGCAUUACAGCAACAUCCACACCCAUGGAAAAACCAGACGUAGUUCUGACCAUGACUGUAGAAAAUAUGCAAACGAUAUUUCAAGGAGGUGUUUCACCUUUUAAUGCUUAUAUGCAAGAGUUAUUGACUGUGGAAGGAGAUCUGAAAAUGGCGAUGAACUUGGAGGUCAUCAUAGACAGAAUCAAGAGACGGAGAAUUCCCAAAGAACCGAGGAAUCCUAGGGAUAAAUCUGGUGUUUUUAUUGUGUAAAAACAAAUAUUUAAUUAACAAGAAUAUAGUGAGAUAUGUUGUACAUUUAUAAGAUAAGAGCACUUCAGUUCAUCAGGUGAUUGUAAGUGCUGUUCUUACAUGUAGCUCACGAUGAGUUCCUUCCCUACCGUCGACUGCUACUAAAACUUCAUGUGAGGUUGCAUACAGUGAUGCUCUCAACCUUUCCAAAUUUCGAGCGCUUUUGUGCUCAGUAAAUUCAGAGUCGCUCAGUGCGUGCUCGUUGGCAAGCAGCUCAUAGCCAUACAAGAAAGAUAGGAAGAUCGGUUAUUGCAAUUUCGUAAAUAUUUAUCCUUUUGAUCUGAUCUUCCUCCAUAUUUCAAAAUCAGAACUUUUUACUUGCCGAACAGAAUUUUCUCAAAUUCUGAGAUGACUUGUAUCACGUUUUGCAACACUUAUUUAUAUUGUGAUAAAAAGUAAUCCGACUUUAGCUCUCGACCUUUGUACCGCACCAGCGGGAUAAAACCUAAGCUGUGGGACCAAUGCAGAGGUUAAAUGAAACAAAACAAAUAAUAGUUUCGAUUACUGAUAAUAUAAUUUAAUAUAGGGAUGCCAUAAUAGUUCUGUGCUUGUUGUGGAGUUUGCUAAAGACUGAUUCUCAGGCUAGAAGUUUGCGCAAUAUAUAUAUAUAUAUAUAUAUAUAUUUUGAUUUGAAAAACAACGUGACAGCAGCAACAACAACAGCAACCAGCCGAGUGUGACAACCACAACAUAUUUUAACAACUACAGUAGCGGUCGCAACAGCAUCAACAACAUGGCAUGGUAUUGUUAUUUCUUUUAGCUGACUUUAAAUGCUCUUUCUUCAAGUCAAAUAUUGCGGACGAGCAAAGACGCGGCCGUCACAAAACCUGUACAAAGUCCGUUUUCAUUAGAAUUAGGUUACACAACUUAUUUCCCUA